UCCAAUUUGCAAGCAUUAAAGAAGCAGCUGAACACUGCCUUUUGCUGAAGUAUUAAAGAUCUUGGAUCUUAAAAAACACACACACUUUGGCAUCUCUGUAAUACGAAACGGGGAAACAUGAUAUACCCUAAUGGAGCAUGCACUCUCAUGUGGCUUCUUGUGCUGUACAUGUUUGUCAAGAAGGUGGCCCCUCAAGAUGACACCGUCAUUGCUACUAAGAGUGGAAGAGUCAAAGGGUUGACGUUGCCUGUGCUUGGUGGAACAGUUUCAGCCUUCCUCGGGAUUCCUUAUGGAGCUCCACCUGUUGGGCGACUUCGCUUCAAAAAGCCGCAGCCUCGGGAAGAAUGGAGAGGGGUCUGGAAUGCCACCAAGUAUGCAAACUCUUGCUAUCAGAACAUAGACAAUACUUUCCCUGGGUUUUCAGGAUCCGAGAUGUGGAACCCCAACACAAACCUCAGUGAAGAUUGCCUCUACCUCAAUGUGUGGGUUCCUUCACCCAAGCCUAAAAAUGCAACAGUCAUGGUAUGGAUCUAUGGUGGUGGCUUCCAGACUGGGACCUCCUCAUUGAAUGUCUAUGAUGGCAGAUUUCUAGCCCGUGUUGAGAGAGUCAUCGUUGUUUCCAUGAAUUAUAGGUUAGGAGCAUUGGGAUUCUUGGCUUUGCCAGGGAAUGAAGAUGCUCCAGGAAAUGCAGGGUUGUUUGAUCAACGACUGGCACUUCAGUGGGUCCAAGACAACAUAGCAGCUUUUGGUGGCAAUCCUAAAAGUGUGACAUUGUUUGGAGAGAGUGCUGGAGCAGGAGGUGUCAGCUACCAUCUCCUUUCUCCACAAAGCCAUCCUCUCUUCACUAGGGCAAUCAUGCAAAGCGGUGCUGGAAAUGCCCCUUGGGGUGCACUUCUACCCUCUGAAGCAACACAGAGAACUCUAGCUCUAGCGAAACUCCUCCACUGUACGAGUAGCAAUGAAACAGAGAUCAUUAUUUGUCUUCAGAGCAAAGAUCCCCAGGAUAUACUUGCCAAUGAAGUCUCUGUUUUACCAUACAGGGCUCUUUUAGAGCUGUACUUCACUCCAGUAGUUGAUGGCGAUUUUCUUGCUGAUCUCCCUGGAACCUUGUUGAAGAAUGGGAAUUUUAAACAAACACAGAUCUUGUUGGGGGUGAACAAAGAUGAAGGUACGGCUUUCCUUGUGUACGGAGCACCUGGCUUCAGCAAAGAUAACAACAGCCUUAUCAAUGAAUCAGAAUUCCGGGCAGGCUUGGCACUAUCCUUCCCAGAAACAAGUGAAGUGGGAUUGGAAUCUAUUGCUUUUCACUAUACGGACUGGGAGGAAGAGCAGAUCCCUUUCAAUUAUCGUGAUGCUAUGGAUGAUAUCGUUGGAGAUUACAAUUUCAUAUGUCCUACCGUGGAGUUUGUAAAACAUUUUGCCGAGGCACAGAACAACGCUUUCUUAUACUUCUUUGAGCACCGAUCUUCAAAACUACCUUGGCCAGAGUGGAUGGGAGUACCACAUGGCUAUGAAAUAGAAUUUGUAUUUGGACUACCUCUAGAGAGAAGAGCUAAUUACACCAAAGCGGAGGAAACUCUGAGUAGGUCUGUUCUGAAGUACUGGGCAAGUUUUGCAAAAACUGGAACACCCAAUGGGACUCAGAUUAAUGGGACAAGAUGGCCAGUCUUCACCACCGCUGAACAAAAAUACUUAACAUUAAGCACAGACGCUUCAAAGAUUCGUACAAAAUUACGUGCCCAGCAGUGCCGAUUCUGGAAUAUAUUUUUUCCCAAACUCCUGGAGAUGACAGGCAAUAUUGAUGAAGCAGAACGAGAGUGGAAAGCAGGAUUCCUUCGCUGGAACAAUUACAUGAUGGACUGGAAAAAUCAAUUUAAUGAUUACACUAGUAAGAAGGAAAGCUGUGCAGGUCUCUAAUUAAAAGUUCCAGCCUUUCUGGAAUGCCUUCAUUGUCAAAGAUCAAGGCAAACACAGAGAUAGCUAAUGUAGCAUAUCCAGCAAUAAGGCAUGUUAUGCAGGCUCAGUGACACGUCACAAAUAUACUUGUCUCCCAGGUCCAUUUCUAUUUAUAUCAAUAAACGUUAUAAAGUGCUUCUCCUCUUCGAAGCUUUGAGAAAUGAAAAUCAGACCAAGUGUGAUUAAAACCUGAGGAUUAUCGUUAGAUGUCUAAUGGCCCCGAUCCAAAUCUAGCCGCAUGGCUAGCUGCACAAGCAUGAGGAUGGAGAUUUGAUUGCACAUCAGGAAUUGCAACCCAUUUCAAGUGAUGCAGUACUCUAUCUGUCCUUCUGAAUACACAGCCCAUUUAUGGCUGUUGUUCCCAAUCCAGGAAGUGACACACAUGCGUAAGCCUAUUUGUAUACAUGUGUCUCCUGAGCUGGAUUGCGGCAAGUAAGUUUCAGCGGAAAUAAAUAUUUGUGGUAUGUUGACAGAUAAAUGCAACAUUUCUUUCACCGUAAAGGACACAGCAGAAAUAUCAGUAUUCCAGAACACUGCCAUCAAAAGCUCCAUUGGCUCAGAUCUCCAACUGCAAUGUCACAACAUUUUAAUCCUGCUUCAGCUGUAAUUUACUUGUUAGGGGUAUAUCAAGAGUUGCCAAUGUUACAGGAAAUAAAAAAAGAUGCAAUUUUCUUGUUAAGUCAAAAGAGGCUUUUAAAACUGACUGUCUCGCUCUUUGAAAACUAAACAUUCUGGAGACCCAAAUGCUCAUUGUCAAAUUAUACCAAUUUUCCCUACAGAGAACAGAAUUAUUUCUUGACACUGUCAAUGAAUCAAAGGAGAGCUAUUCAGGCAAACCUUUCUUCACCCCUUCACCCUCUUCUACUGGAGCAUAUCAUCUGCUGAGAAAGAGCACUCUUUCUAUUAUCAGAUGCUUAUCUGGCACUUUUAAUUUGUAAAGUGCUUUGAAAUCAUCAGUUUAACUGGUCUCCCAACAUCCUUCUGCAGUAGGUAGGAAUGGAUGGAUAAGGGGGAAAUCCUAUGGUGAGAUCCCCCUGGAUGAGCAGCUUAGGAUACAAUGGAACUGUGGAUCAGACAGCUGGUUCUUAGCUCAGCUGGUGUUAUGCCUCCAACCACAGCUCAGCCCAAAAUAUGCUGGUGUGACUUGCUCAGCUGACUGAAGCAAGCAGUGUAAGUUUCCCAAAAGGGAUCUGUUUUUUUCAUGAUGGAAUCAGGACCAGAAGGUGGACUUAGGCUGAUUCCUAAACCCAUUCAUCUCAGUCCUGUGACCUGACAACCUGGGCAUAGAAGACUCUUUUAAAAGCUUGUUUUCCUUCUGCCAGGCUUAUGCAGAGCAGGAGCAGCAGCCCCACUUUUGAACAGGAUUUGGAUCUUUUGUAACUUUCCAUCAACUUAAUUUACAGCAGCUUCCUUUAUGCCGGCUUCUUGUGUGUAAAAGAUUGCUCCCUUAAUGCCACUUAAAUCUCACAGUCUGUUCACUGAAAUCUCACAGUCUGUUCAUCCCAUCGGGUCUGUCUUCUCCAUCCAGGAUAAUCUCAAUGGAGUUCGGUACCAACUUUGAAUCCCCAGGCACCUUACAAAGGUUUUGGACCGGCAAAUUGCAUUUAGAAUGUUGCACACUUUUCAUUUCACCUUUCCCUUGAAAUGAGGAGUAUAUUCUGAGAGUAAGACUCUCCAAAUUUUAUAGGCAAUCACAUGUUUUAAAAAAUAAUAAUAAAAGGAGAUGUUGUGGACGAAAGCAAACCAAAUAACCAUAAUAAAAUUCACUGGAAAACCAU